GAGGGGGAAGGAAUAAUGCAAACCCUCCACCAGCAAACCAACCGAGGACCUAAAGCUUCAGAGGGGAAGGGAAUCUCGAUCGGGCCACAGAGAGUUAAUAAUCCCUGGACGCCUAUUGGGCUGGCUGGGCGGAGAUUUGCCAUUCAGAUCCUGUAGGAAGAAAGUUGCUGAGUCUUGGAAGGGAGUGAGAGAGAGAGAGUGGAGAGUGAUCCAGGAAGGAAAGAAAGGCGAGAGCGAGCAAGAGGGAGGGAAGCACCAGCCAGAUCCAUGCAGAGAUGUGGAAGAGAGGACUAAACCAGCAGGGCCUGGGAGAAUUCCGCGGCUGAGGAGGCGACCCGACAGUCACUCACGCAGCUGUUGAGUCCCUGGCGAACAGCACGGCGGCGCUGGGAGGCGAACUAAGGCGAGGAGGAUUGCCCGGGACGCUGCUAUGGACGGGGCUGCUGCUGCGGCGGCGGCGUAAGGCAGCAGAGCUUCCCCCUGUCCUCUCUCUCCCCUUUGCUUUGGCUGCUCUGACCUGCUGGCUGGAGCGGGAAUGCCCAGGAUCGCGCCUGCUCGAGCGGCCAAGCCGAUCGGUGCCGCACGCAGCUCCAGCGGUGGCCUUUGCUAGAGACAACCGCGCUGCAGAAGGAACGCUGCGCUCCUGUCUUCGCCGUAGCUGCACAAAAGACCUCGGGGGGCUUUUAUUUCCCCAUCUCCCGCUGCGGUCGUCAUGUCCCGCGGGAGGGGGCUCCUGCCUUACCCCGCCGCUGCUGCCUACAUCUGCAUCCUCUCCUCCCUUUUCCACAGUGUUAGAGGUGUCAAUAUUUGCACGAAGGGCAGUGCUACCUCCUGUGAAGAGUGCUUGCUUGUUCAUCCCAAGUGUGCUUGGUGUUUUAAAGAGGAAUUUGGCAGCAAAAAAUCCAUCACUUCGAGGUGUGACUUCAUGGAAAAUCUCAUUGCCAAUGGUUGUGCGGGACACUUUGAAAGUACAAAAAGCAGUAUCCAGACAGUGAAGAACAUUUCUUUGAGUAGUAAAGGCUCUAGUGCAACUAAUUUGGAUGUUACUCAGAUAAUGCCUCAAAAGAUCUCGCUCAAUCUGCGGCCUGGUGACCCAAUUUCCUUCCAGGUACAGGUUCGGCAGGUAGAAGACUACCCUGUGGAUCUAUAUUAUUUGAUGGAUCUUUCCCUGUCCAUGAAGGAUGAUCUGGAGAACAUUCAGAAUCUGGGAACCAAGCUGGCUGAAGAGAUGAGAAAGCUCACUAGCAAUUUCCGCCUUGGGCUUGGAUCUUCUGUGGACAAGAAUAUUUCUCCCUUUUCCUACACAGCACCUAUGCACCAGAAUAACCCAUGUACUGGUUACAAGUCAUUUCCAAGUUGUGUUCCAUCCUUUGGAUUCCGACAUCUUUUGACUCUCACAGAUAAAGCUGAUCGGUUCAAUAAGGAAGUUCAGAAACAGAAAGUUUCCCGCAACAGAGAUGCCCCAGAAGGUGGCUUGGAUGCAAUCUUGCAGGCUGCUGUGUGUGAGAAGGAGAUUGGAUGGCGGAAGGAGGCUUCUCAUUUGUUGGUCUUCACUACAGAUGAUGGCCCACACAUUGCACUGGAUGGUAAGCUGGCUGGAUUGGUGCAGCCACAUGAUGGACAGUGUCACCUGAAUGAGGCCAAUGAGUACACAGCAUCCAGUCAGCUGGAUUACCCUUCCCUUGCACUUAUUGGAGAGAAACUGGCUGAGAACAACAUUCACCUGAUUUUUGCAGUGACAAAAAAUUACUAUGUUCUUUACAAGAAUCUUACAGCCUUAAUUCCUGGGACAACAGUAGAAAUUUUACAUCAAGAUUCCAGGAAUAUUAUCCAGCUCAUAGUCAAGGCCUACAAUAGUAUUCGGUCUAAAGUAGAGUUAACUGUCUGGGACAGUCCUGAGGAUAUCAAUCUGGCUUUCACUGCUACUUGUCAGGAUGGCUUGUCAUACCCUGGAGUCAGGAAGUGUGGAGAUCUUCAGAUAGGAGACACGGUUUCAUUUGAAAUAUCAGUGGAAGCGAGGAGCUGCCCUGCUGAGAAUACCUCACAUACUUUCACUAUCAAGCCAGAUUGGUUUCGGGACACUCUGGAGGUAACUGUCACCUACAAUUGCACAUGUGGAUGUACCAAGCAGAUUGAGCACAGCAGCAGCAAGUGCAGUGGGAAUGGCACUUACAUGUGCGGAUUAUGUGACUGUGACCCAGGCCACGUGGGAGCCAAAUGCGAAUGUGAGGAGGGAGAGAGUGGGAACAUGUACCAGAAUAUGUGCCGUGAGGCUGAAGGGAAACGUGUCUGCAGCGGCCGGGGGGAGUGUUCUUGCAACCACUGUGUCUGCUACGAGAGUGAAUUUGGGAAGAUCUAUGGGUUGUUCUGCGAGUGUGAUGACUUCUCCUGUGCAAGAUAUAAGGGUGUUCUCUGCUCAGGUCAUGGAGAAUGCCAUUGUGGGGAGUGCAAGUGUCAUCGGGGCUAUAUAGGAGACAACUGCAACUGCUCAACAGAGACGGACCCGUGUCUUUCCAACGAUGGCCAGAUGUGCAGUGGCAGAGGCAACUGCAUCUGUGGGAAAUGCCACUGCACAGAACCUGGUGCCUUUGGGGAGACUUGUGAGAAAUGUCCCACCUGCCCAGGUGUCUGCAGCACUAAAAGGGACUGCAUUGAGUGUGUGCUGUUUAACUCGGGAAGACUGGCUGAUAACCAGACCUGCCAAAAGCACUGCAGGGAUGAGAUCAUUACGCAAGUGGAUGUCCUCAAAACUGAUGACCCACAAUCUAUCUUGUGCGCUUACCCUGUGAAGGACUGUGUGAUGAAGUUUACCUACUCAGAACUCCCAAGUGGGAAGACUAGUAUCACUGUCCUCAAGGAACCAGAAUGUGGCACUGCCCCUGAUGUCAAGUUGAUCUUACUGUCAGUGGUUGGCAGUAUUGUGCUCCUAGGCAUCAUCAUCCUGGCAAUCUGGAAGCUCAUUGUCACUAUGCACGACAGGAAGGAAUUUGCCAGAUUCCAAAGUGAGCGCUCCCGGGCAAGAUAUGAAAUGGCUUCUAACCCUCUUUACCGCAAGCCUAUUUCUACACAUAGUUUAGAUUUCACAUUCAACAAACUCAACAGGACCUAUAAUGGUACCAUUGAUUGACAGCAUACUUGAAGCUGGUUGAGUGAGAAUUGAAUGCUUGACAACUGCUUCCGCUUCCCCCAUGGAAGACAGAACCCUCUGCGAGAGUCUCUUCAAAUGCAACUUAAACAUGGGGAUAUGCACAUUAAAAGACAAAUAGCCAGUGGCUCAUGUUCUGGUCAGAUCUCUGUCCCAAAGCCACACUGAUGUGCUCAGAACCUGUGACCCAGGACUCUCUUUCGAUGCCUUGGAAGUGCCAGCAGAUUGAACAACAAACAUACCAUAUAGCAGCUUCAGCUAUAUCACUGUAGAAAAAGGGAUGCAGGCCAAGUUCAUAGAGAUAUUCUGCCACUGCCUGGUUUUUAGAGGAAAACUAGCAUUGGAGAAGGUGGUGGGAGCAUUUUUUUAAAAAAUCCAAGUGUUCUACAGUCUUUAGAAUAAUUUUUUUAUAAAAAAAAUAAAGCAAUUGCAUAUGCA